AUGACCUCCCGUGACGGUGAAAUUCCAUACCCAUCGGCAAUCACAAGCGGAGACCGAACAAACAACCCCUCGCUUGAACUAGAGCCAGAAAUGCUCUACAUUACACUAUUCCGUAUGCCAAAGGAUGGGAACUAUCACUGGGCCCUAGUCAUCGCAACUACCAAUCGAACCGGUGUGGUCUACCAUAACACCAACGAUGGAGAGGGCUUCUACAUCAGCCGCUUCCUUCAUCCGCAUUUAUUGAACUCGGCAAGGUUCUUGGUCGCUCUUAAGGUGUCCAGACUCACAGCCUACGAGCGCAACUUCCAUGAAGAAUUCCACAGAAGGAUCGGUGAAGUUCCAAUAGAAGGUCAUACAUGCCGCACCUGGCUUUUUGAUGCCCUUUUCGAGGUUGCCGACCAGGGUCUUAUUGACCUUCAGCCAAACAGGGCACAGCUAGUUCAAAUCGAAAAUGAAGCCCUUAUGUACGCUGAAAGGGCUGCCGGAAAUAACAGUUACAUUACAGUCGCUAUGAGUAAUGCCUUCAAAAAAUAA